AUGGGUGACUGGAGCUUUCUGGGGAGACUGUUAGAGAAUGCGCAGGAGCACUCCACGGUUAUUGGAAAGGUUUGGCUGACGGUACUGUUUAUCUUCAGGAUACUGGUGCUGGGGGCCGCUGCUGAGGAGGUCUGGGGAGACGAGCAGUCAGACUUUACAUGCAACACUCAGCAACCUGGUUGUGAAAAUGUUUGCUAUGACAAAGCCUUCCCCAUUUCUCACAUCCGCUUCUGGGUGCUGCAGAUCAUUUUUGUGUCCACUCCAACCCUCAUCUACUUGGGCCAUGUGCUGCACAUUGUACGCAUGGAGGAGAAGAGGAAAGAGAAAGAAGAGCUGAAAAAGAAGGGAAACGUCAAAGACAGCAACUACCCAGGAGCAGCAGCAUCUGGUGGUGGUGGUGGAGGAGGCAGCAAUAACAUCAAGGAUCCUCUUGGCAAAAAGGGGAAGGAGAAGCUCCCGAUCCGUGAUGAACGUGGUAGAAUCCGUAUGGGGGGUGCCCUGCUCCGUACCUAUGUCUUCAACAUCAUUUUCAAGACACUGUUUGAGGUGGGCUUCAUUGUGGGCCAGUACUUCCUAUAUGGCUUUGAGCUAAAGCCAGUCUACCAGUGCAGCCGCUCACCUUGCCCACACACUGUGGACUGCUUCAUCUCAAGGCCCACUGAGAAGACCAUCUUCAUCAUCUUCAUGUUGGUGGUGGCCUCUGUCUCCCUGCUGCUGAACAUGCUUGAGAUAUAUCACUUGGGGUGGAAGAAGCUUAAGCAGGGCAUGACAAGCCGGUACAGCCUUGAGAUGCCUGUCGCAACAAUGACACCAGUCAUGGUAACAGGGGAGUCCAAACCUGUCCCACCAGCCCCACCCGUGGUGGUAACGACUGCCGCACCCCCCCCUGUUCUGCCUGACACCCGUGCUGUCACACCGCUGCUGGCCCCGGUGACCAUGGCACCGUACCAUGCUGCAGCUGCUCCAAGACCACGGCCCCCCUCCAACAUGGCCUCCAUGCCCAGCUACCCUGUUGCUCCAGCAGUUCCUGAGGAGAGGCACCGUGCUGUGACUCCCACGCCCAUCUCCACUCCCGUCACCAUCCCGACCCCCAUCCCCACGCCCACGCCAGCCGUCAUCAACUACUUCAACAGCAACAGCCAUGCCCUGGCGGCCCAGCAGAACUGGGUCAACAUGGCAGCUGAGCCGCCGGGGAGGCUACGCCCGCCCCCGGCGGGGCCGCCUGUUGCUGCGGCCAACAGCGGCAGCAGCACCAGCCUGAGUGGGGCAAGCGGCAGCAAGUGGGGUGUGGAGGGCGAGGAGGAGCUGCCAGAGGAACAGCCCAUCUCAGCUGCCUGCACCACCGUGGAGAUGCAUGAGCCACCGCUGCUCGUAGACACGCGGCGCUUGAGCAGGGCCAGUAAGUCGAGCAGCUGCAGAGCCAGGUCAGACGACCUGGCCGUGUAG